AUGAAUCCUACGUUUUACUUUGUUAUUGCCUUAACCGCGGUUUUGGCCUCAAACGCAUACGGUGCGGUUAACGACAUCGAUGGCAACCCCAUUUUUGGCGACAGUUACUAUGUUCUCCCAGUCAUCCGCGGCCGAGGUGGCGGUCUGACUCUAGCAGGCCGCGGUAACCAGCCAUGUCCUUACGACAUCGUGCAAGAAUCAUCCGAGGUCGACGAGGGUAUUCCCGUAAAAUUUUCAAACUGGAAGCCAAGAGUUUUAUUCGUUCCUGAGUCGCAGGAUCUCAACAUCGAGACGAUCGUUGAAGCCACCAUCUGCUUACAGUCAACGUACUGGCGAAUUGGUGAGUUCGACAAAAAGAGGAAACAGUAUUUCGUGGUGGCUGGUCCUAAGCCAGAAGGGUUCGAUGGGGAAUCAUUGAAGAGUUUCUUCAAGAUCGAGAAAUCUGGAGAUGAUGCUUACAAGUUUGUGUUUUGUCCUGGGACUAGUGACUCUAAGUGUCCUAAAUACAGCGAUGUCGGGAUAUUUAUCGAUGAAAAAGGCGUUCGGCGUUUGGCUUUAAGCGAUAAGCCGCUCUUGGUCAUGUUCAAGAAAGCCAACGUGACCGAGAUUUCGUCCAAGACUAUGUGA